AUGUAUCCACCAUCAAUGCAAGGGCCGGCUAGAAGUCGCAACGAAACAGUAGACACCUCGCGCCGCUUCAGCGCGUUAUACUUUGGCUACGCCUCCAAUCUCUCACCCAAAGCAAUGUCCGGCCGCUGUCCCGAUAGCAUCUUCUGCGGUCUCGCAAGACUCGAAGACUACCGCUGGCAGAUCAACGACACACAAUAUGGAAACAUCAUGCCUUCGCAAGGCGACCACGUCUACGGCAGCUUAUUCUUCCUCUCGCCACGCGACGAAGCAGGCCUAGACGAAAGCGAAGGCGUGCCCUGGAUGUACGAGAAGCACACGCUUCAGGUCGAACGUAUCGAUGCUGAGGGGAAGGGCACAGGGCAGAAGGUCGAGACGAUGACUUAUGUAGAUGUUCAGCGGACGGACGAAGGUGUCAUCAUGCCUGAUUAUAUUGUCUGGAUUAAGAAAGCUAUUCGUGAUGCUGCACCUCAUGGUCUGCCAAAGGAGUACGUGGACAAGUACCUGCGGCCUUAUAUCCCGGCUAUGGAGAAGGAGGAGGAGGAGAGGGAUCUAAUUGCUGUGAGGGUCAUGGCGCCUAGACCUGUGCCGUUGUAG